GGUAAAUGACUUCGGGCCGAGUAACAGUUGCUCGGCUCUCUCCGCUUAUUAUCCUAUUCUAGGCCUCACCUUUUAUGUAGACGAACCUCUCCGUCGCUUGACGGCGGUCGCCGGCGAUGGCCCUUAGUUUCUUCACCUUCUCUCCUCGUGUUCUUCUCCCUCCAUCUUCCUCUUCCACUUUUCUCCACGUCGAACACCUCCGAUGCCUCGAUGGAUGCCUGACAGUGGUCCACAGCCGCAGGAGCUGGCUUAGUAAAUGGUCUCUUGAAGGAUUUCGAGAGAAAAGUAUUUGCGUUGCGAAUUUCGCUUCGCUUCGAAGCGUGAACAGUGGUGACGAGAACGAGGAAGAGAGCGAAGAGGAAGAUGAAGUGGAGGAGUCUGUGACGGCUUCUACUUCGCCGGAGAAAUGGGAUGCCCUUGGUCUUGGGCAGGCGAUGGUGGAUUUUUCAGGCAUGGUAGAUGACCAAUUUUUAGAGCAGUUAGAUAUAGAGAAGGGCACAAGGAAAGUUAUCAAUCAUGAAGAAAGAGGGAGAGUAUUACGAGCAAUGGAUGGUUGCAGUUAUAAAGCUGCUGCAGGAGGCUCACUUUCAAACACAUUAGUGGCAUUAGCGAGACUAGGUAUCCAUUCCAUUGGUGGUCGCCAAUUAAAUGUUGCGAUGGCUGGAAGUGUAGGCAGCGAUCCUCUGGGUGGAUUUUUCAGGGCAAAACUACGGCGGGCGAAUGUGAACUUUCUUUCUAAGCCUGUCAAAGAUGGGACAACGGGAACUGUCAUUGUUCUUACCACACCAGAUGCUCAGCGAACCAUGCUUGCAUAUCAGGGAACCUCUUCAACUGUAGAUUAUGACUCCACCUUGGCAAACCUUGUCUCAAAAACAAGAAUACUCAUUGUAGAAGGUUACCUGCUAGAACUCCCCCACACAAUCAGCACUAUAUCCAAGGCCUGCGAAGAGGCUCGCAAGCAUGGAACACUUAUAGCUGUGACAGCAUCGGACAUCUCUUGCAUUGAGAGAUCCUACGAACAUUUUUGGGAAAUUAUCAGCAAUUAUGUAGAUAUAGUUUUCUGCAACUCCAAUGAAGCAAAGUCUCUCUGCAAUCUGACCUCAAAGGAUAGUCCAAUAUCAGCUGCAAGAUAUCUUAGCCAUUUUGUACCUUUUGUCUCAGUUACAGAUGGUCCAAAUGGAUCUUACAUAGGUGUGAAUGGUGAAGCUGUUUACAUCCCCUCAUCACCAUGCGUACCUGUUGACACCUGCGGAGCUGGUGACGCAUAUGCCUCAGGUAUCCUGUAUGGAAUUUUGAAAGGGGUGUCGGAUUUGAAAGGUAUCGGCAUGCUGGCCUCGAGGGUGGCCGCGGUGGUGGUCGGACAGCAGGGAACUCGGCUGAGAGUUGUGGAUGCUGGAAGACUUGUCACAUCUUUUGCGCACCAUCUUGAGAGCUCAGAUGUCUGCUCUGAUAUGGAGUCUGAUCACAUAUCCAGCUGCUGAUCUAAUUUCAUUCCAGAUUACUAAGAAUCACAUUUUACUGGAGUCAAUUAACAUGUAACAUUUGUUAUUUAUGUAUGAACCAAUCAAAUAUUUUGGAUGUUGUAAAAAAAAAAAAAAAAAACUAUAACAAUUUUUUUCCAAUCUUAAUGGUUAUGUUUUGGUUA